AACCCCUUUCUUCCCUCCUGAUCUCAGUCGCUGCUGGCGUGGGCGCUCUAUUCCUACUGAUCCUGCUGAUUUGUGCUUGUUGCUUUGUGUGUCUGCGUAAAAAGAAGUCAGAAUCAACUAUAUAACUUGGAGAAAAACAUUCAUUAUGAAGUUGGACUCAACUGUGGACUUCAACACCAACACCAAACGGGAUCAUAUAGGACAGAGUAAGAGCUGGAAAAGACUGGAAUUUAAUUUUGUGCACCAAGAUUUAGACCCCUCUCUCGAACCUCAAAAGAUCCAGAGUUCAGAUUUAAUCUCGAAUACAAAAUAAAAAAAAUUCUUAUCUGAUUUGUGAUCUGUUUACAAUGUAAUUAUCACUGCUGGAUGACAUAUACAUGGAGUUAUGAAUCAUGGUCAAUUUUAGUACAAACCUACUGCUUAGUCUAAGUUUUAAAGUGACACCAGGUAAGUACUCUACUUGCAAGGUUAGUCUUUCCAGCUGACAUUAGUUUAUACUUAAAGUAAAGGAUCAUGUGAUGUUGUGACGUAAUCAGGCUGCAUUUCAGUUUUACACACUCUCACACUCAUACACAGCACAAACUCACACAUAAAUAUAGAUGUAUAUAUACUGUAUAUAUAUAUACAUACUCUAGUAGUUAAGUAACAAUAGCUUACUUUAUAUGAACUUUCAAAGGUAAAUGUGUGAUUUGGGAUGGAUAUUUAUUUUCAGCUAUGGAGGCAGCUGAUUUCAAUAAUAAAUCAUCUGAGCAAGCUUUAAGUUAAUCAGUGUAAAACUUGAAUUAUAAAUCAAACGUGUAUCUAUGAUCAUAGGUGUCUCAUUGUGUGGACAUCUUGCUUUGACUGAAUGAAGAUUUAAUACUGUGCACACAUGACUGUGCACAAUCUUGACUUACAUUAACUUAUCAGUUACAAAUUGUACAACAUUAUUUCCUGAAUCAUACAUUGCGACCAUUGAGGACCUGAAGUGAUCUGACGAUAAACCGGAGACUUGACUAUAAGCGCAUACAAGCACACAUUUUGUAUAUGAACCUACCCAGCUAACAUUACAAGAUUUUACCAUGAAGUUGCAUUGGAUUCUCUUGAAUUUCACUUUUCAUUUGAAUGCAGUGAAUAACAGCAGUACUACAUAAUAACUUGUGCUGUGUGUGUUCUCCUAUUACUUUUAGUCUUCACAGCUCCGACCACUGCUUCCUCUGAGUUAUAUACAGAAAAAAAAAGUUGAAGUUAUUUCAGAGUUUCUUCAAUUCCCUUGUGUCAGAGUGGUCAGUGUGAUGUGUGCAUUUUUGCCUUUGGGGUGAACGAGUCUGUCUGAAAGCUGAAGGCUGAACACUGACGAAACAUGAAAGCUGUGUUUGGACUGUUGGUGAUGCUACUCAGAAUGGCUCAUGGUGAGCUUUUUCAUUAUUUCAUUAGCAUUAAUAUUUGAUUUGUGUUUCACGUUUCUCCAGAAUUAGUUAUAAACGAUAGCCACACUGAACCAGGCCACAGAAUAACUUGGACGGUAGUACAUGGAAGUAAUGUAGAGUUGGCUAAAUCUGUGGGCAUUUGCCAAUGCAAUGUUCUGAUGUAACAACCUGAAUGUAAUGAGUGGUCUUAAUAGUUUGUGGGAUAAUUAAAUGCAAUUAAAUGAACAAACAAAAAUGUUUUGGGGCAUAAAUUCUACACACCAAGACUUGGAGUUUAUUUGUUUUGUUUAUUUAAUCUUUCAUAGAUCUGAGAAAAUAAUGCAUAACACAUACAGAAUGCAGACACUUUAGUCAAAAAUGUAGUAUUCUAUGACAAGGUCUUUAAACCUAGAUUAAAGAUUAUACCGUACACAGCUUUGAAGUGCUCUGCAAAGGAUUUUACUUUAAAACAUCUCUGAUCACAAGCAGGAAGUACGAAGGGCGAGCAGGAGUGGUGCAGAAUAACAACCACAGCACUAACAUGUUGAAGAUGUAGGUGUGUUCUGCAAAUAUGAUCACAAACGAAGAAGCAGGAGUUUUGAUGUGUUUUAUUGUCCAAAAGAAAAGAGACACUCACAGAUGAAGCAUCAAACAGGCAAACAUCGUCUGAAUACACACAGUUUUUACACAGUGAUAUGAAGAGACUGAAUCAACACAACCAGGAAGUCACACCCAUUAAGAUGAUUACACAUAAGUGACAAAUCAUACACAAGGAAGAGGAAACAGACCUGUGUAAUAUUCAGUUUACACUUGAAAAAAAUGAUAACUGCAAGAAUAGUUUUCUAGGGUUUAAGAAGCCUCAUUGUCAGUGUUAUUCUCUCUGUGAAAAAAAUGUCCAGGUGUGGAGACCCACUGUGAUGGCAGACGGGAUGGAGCUCAGUGUUAUGGAGCUGUGGGAGGAACUAUGUUCAUUCGGCUGAUGGACACAAUCCCACCAAGAUUUACGUUCGAUAAAAGCAAAACAAGAAUUUUGCGCUGGAGAAAUAAUGCAGUUUCUAUUUAUGUGAUGAAAAACAGAUUCUCCUUUGAUGACAGUAAAGGAACAUUAAGAAUCAAUAAUCUGCAGAAAAGUGACAGUGACAAAUAUUCACUUGAUAUUCAAGAUUCAAAUGCAGCUGCGGUAGAGAAUCGGACUCUAAACUUGUCCAUUCAAGCUCCCUUGUCCUCUGUCACGUUGGUGAAUGAGUGUUUGUCCCAGGGAGAGAUGAGGAUGUCCUGCACCACUGAGGGAGUGGGGGACAGUCCUCAGUACAGUUGGACUCUGGAUGGACACACACUGACACAGGAUGAGCUCCUCUCUGGAAAUAAGGACACUGACAUCAUCGUUCUGAGACAGGACAUGUCAGGACUCCUGUCCUGCUCAGUCAGUAAUCACGUCAGUAGCAUCUCCAAAGACAUGAGGAUAGCGACCUGUGUUUUCAUCAACUGCACCUUAUCCAAUGGGAUGCACGUAUCACAGUGGGUGUUUGCAGCCACUAACACACUGUGUGUUGAGCCCACCACGGUCAGAGACACUACUGCUGAUCACCUCAUAUGUGGUUUGCGAGCAGCGGUGGCAGUUCUUUUAUUAAUUGGCAUCACGGUCUAUUUUGCUUGGAAGAAAAAGAAAUCCAGUAAAGCUGAAGACCCGGAGAAUUCUGUCUGCAUGGUCGAAAUGAGAAGCGCAGCAGAUUAACAUUUUAUUUUGCUUCUCUCUCUGUGAUGACUCAUGUGUCUUUGAGGGUGUGUAAAUGUCCUUUCCUGUUUUUGAGUCAAAGCUUCUUCUGCCUUUUAUGUCGAUGUUUUAGCAGCUCAAUAUCAGAGCUUUUCCUGGCUCAACUCCUGGCUCUGCUAGUCUAUAUGUGUCCUUGAGCAAGACACUUAACCCCAUGUUGGAGCGUGUGAAUGGAUAUGAAAGAUGUGUGAAUGGCUGAAAGGCAAAACUGUAGUGUAAAGCAGCUCAUCAAGACAAGCAAAGCUCGUAUAAAUACAGACCAUAAUACCAACUGUUCUUCUUCUUUUUUUAUUUGCUAGUAACAAGUAACAAAGAUAGGUAAAGGAAAUGUAGUGAAGUAAAAGUACACAAUUUAUUUAGGAAAUGUACUGGAGUAGAAGUUACUAAGUUGAUAUAAACAACCAAGUAAAGUACAGGUAUGUGAUUUUUGUACUUGAGUACAGUAACAAAGUAUUUGUACUUUGUCACAUUACAACACUGCCUGUGAAUUGAAAUUCCAGUACAAAGAUUGCUAAAUGCUAAAUGUGUGCAUGUUGUCAACUCUCAGGUGUUUCUAUAUUGGUUUUCCUAUAGUUGCUGUAAAGUUAAAACUGUAUACAUCCAAAUUUAGUGAUGCAAUAUGAUACAUUAAAGGUCUUA